GACUUGCCAACAAAAAGUAAUGGAACCAUCAACGCUGAUCGGGUUGAAAGGAGCUUCUUAUCACAAUUUCAAACCGAUAGAUGCAAAAUUAGUAAUGGAUGUAGUAGCAAGGAUGGAAGAUACCGAACCCUUCAGCGACGAUUUGCUAUCAGCAAUGAAACGUCUCUGGGCUGAUAGCGGUGUUCAUGAUUGUUUCGCCCGUUCAAAUGAAUAUCAACUUAACGAUUCUGCUAAAUAUUUUUUGGAUGAUUUGGAUCGAUUAGGUCAAGCAAAUUAUCAACCUACAGAGCAGGAUAUUUUACGAACUCGGGUCAAAACCACUGGUAUCGUUGAGGUGCAUUUCACUUUCAAGAAUCUUAAUUUCAAAUUAUUUGAUGUUGGUGGACAACGUUCAGAGCGGAAGAAAUGGAUUCAUUGCUUCGAAGAUGUUACAGCAAUUAUAUUUUGUGUUGCAAUGUCCGAAUAUGAUCAAGUAUUACACGAGGAUGAAACAACGAAUCGAAUGCACGAAUCGUUGAAAUUGUUCGAUUCAAUUUGCAAUAAUAAAUGGUUUACGGAUACGUCAAUCAUUUUAUUCCUGAAUAAGAAGGAUUUAUUUGAGGAAAAAAUUAAGAAAUCACCGUUAACUAUAUGUUUUCCGGAGUAUUCUGGUCGACAAGAUUAUCACGAAGCGAGUGCAUAUAUUCAAGCGGAAUUUGAAGCUAAAAAUAAAUCGGCUAACAAAGAAAUUUAUUGUCAUAUGACAUGUGCAACCGAUACUACCAAUAUUCAAUUCGUAUUUGAUGCUGUCACUGAUGUUAUCAUUGCCAAUAAUCUAAGGGGUUGUGGUCUUUACUGA